AUGCCGAAGGGAUCAAGACAGUAUCAUGGAAAGACGAAGAACGGGUGUCGGCAGUGCAAGAAACGCCGUGUUAAGUGCGACUGUGUCGGUCCUGUCUGCGCCAACUGUCGUCGCCGACAAGAACACUGCAGCUACCUCGGUCUCCUGGCCGACACCCUAAACCGUGAAAACGGUGGCGACCGAGCCAAUGAUACUCUGGCCAUGGUCCGCCGCGCCGCGACCGUCGCAGCCCAUGCCUCCUCACGAGAUGCUCUGAAUGCCUCGCUGCCAGCCGAGAAGCUCCGCGCUGACGAGGCCGAGCUCAAACAUCACUUCCUCACGCAAGCAUGGUUCACCUUUUCAUUGCAGACCGACCCGCGUAAGUGUGAUGUGUGGUCUCGCUGGGUGCCCCAGCUAGCGUCACGUAACGUCUUCAUCCACCAGAGCAUGCUUUCCAUUGCAGCUCUUCACCUGUGCUACCUUGAGCCACCCGAGAUGAAGCGAUACUACUCCAUGGCCUGCCACCAUGCAAUCCAAGCGAGCAACUAUUUCAGACUCGCAGUCCCACAAGUAACGGAAGAGAACUGGCUUGCUACAUUCCUGUUUGCCAUGUGUAACGGCAUCUUUGGAUAUUACCGACCCUUUGCGGACGAGAAGGUGAUGGGGCAAACCCAUUCCUUUGAGCCAGCCAAGGCCCUCAAUGUGAUGCGGCUGACGGCAAAGUUCUCGGACACGGUAACACCGCAUAUAUUUAAGAGCCCCAUACGGAAUCAACUGGCUCAAGUUGACGCGCAAGAAUGGCGCGAAAGCAGUGACGUAGCUCUGCGACCGAUGCUACACAAGAUCGCCAAAUUCAUCGACUUUUUAUCGCUAGGUCCCCAGACAACAGGCCUGAAAGCCGAGGAUACAAAGACAUAUCUAGGCGCCCUCGUUGCCCUCAGGUCCUGGAUAAGUUCGCUGCCCGGACGGCCACGGAUAUGGAAGCACUUCAUCAUCUGGCCGUCACUCGUAUCAGAGCAAUAUCUCUCACUGUUGUGGUUUAAAGAGCCCGUGGCGCUCAUGAUAUUCGUGGUCUGGUGUGAGGUCAUGCUUCUGGCACCAAGGAGAUGGUAUCUGAUUGCCUGGUACGACCGCGGACAUAGUAACGCGUUAGCAGAGCUAGGCCAGCUAGCGGGUUCGCCGGCUCAUAGGUUUUGGGAAUCAUUGGGCGACGACGGAUUGACUGAUUCCACGGGAUCAGAUUCGGAGGGCAGCGUGUCGGGCCCAGCGACGCCUUCAGACGUGAGGAGCGAUGACGGCGUACGAAGGGGCGGAACGUUGCUAUUAUCGACGGGCGAAGAGUAUGGGCACGGGGACGGGUUCGCAGCUCCGUAUGAAGAAAGCACGGGAGCUGCAAAAAAGGCGCGGUAA